UAUAAUGGUGGCGGGAUUCAUUGAAUCUCAGGACAUUGUUAUUGGACUUUUGUCUCCGUCCGAACCAGCUUUCAUCAAUACCGUUCAAAUCAAGCCGGCGGUUGAUAUGGCGCUAGAAGCUGUCGCUCGGCGAGUCCGAGCAGGGCAGUACCCCAAUCUUAGCCUUUCGAUAAUUGUGAACGACACGGGAUCAGGCUGUGGAACGAAUCAAAUAAGGGUGCUUUCUAUAGCUGCUAUGAUGUUUAUCAACUCCCGUGUCUAUUGCUACAUCGGCCCACCAUGUAGUGGAGAAAGUACUGCUGCUGCGGAUCUAGCAACAUACCUCAACAUCCCCAUCGUAACGGCAACUCUCCCAUCUAUAGAGUUCAUCAACAAGCAGUCUCGCUUCCCAACGAUGACUCGAACAUCAUACGAAAUGAAAACUAUCAUCAAGGUCAUAUUAUCAACACUUCGUCAUUUUCGGUGGAGUAAUUUUGCUUUUAUAUACCAGUUUCAUACAGGUAACGCUUCUGUCGUGUUAUUAGACUUCGUCAUUCCUUUUCCAGAGUUUACCGAUAACGAGUUUGCCGUUAGGUACAUCUCAAUUGAAGAACCCGACUCACUUGAUGCUGUUUUGCUUAGUGCUAUAGAAAAGAACAGGGUCAUAAUCAUCGCAGCACGAGGGGAACUAGUAAGAGAGACUAUGUUAUUAGCCUAUGAUAUGGGACUUAUCAACGGGUCAUAUGCUUUCAUCAGUAUCGAACCUUUCAGUAACACCUUGGUCUUUGGCGAUGACAACUGGAAACAGAACGACGGCCGUGAUGAAGAUGCGAAGAAGGCCUACGAAGCUCUUCUAACCAUCCGUCUCUACGAACCAGACACACAGGAGUACAAAGAUUUCCAGAAGGAACUGGAACGCAGAGAAAAGAGGGAUUAUAAUUGGACCAGACCUGAUCCUGACCAUAACAAUUACUUCGCGAGUGCUUUCCACGAUGCUGUCAUCUUGUAUUCACUUGCCGUCAACGAAACCUUGGCAGAAGGAGGAGACAUCAGAGAUGGAUAUAAGAUCACAAGAAAGAUGUGGAAUAGAACGUUUGACGGUAUAUCUGGUAAGGUGACAAUUAACAGUAACGGGGAUCGUGAUGCAGACUAUUCACUGUGGGAUAUGACUGACACAGAAGCAGGUACAUUUGAGGUUAUAGCAAACUAUUAUGGGGCGACUGGAGAAUUUCAUGAAACUGACGUGAAACCGGUUUGGCCUAAUGGAGCUACAGGACCGCCUAAAGACGAACCAGAUUGCGGGUUCAACGGUGAAAAGUGUCCACCUAAUCCGAACAGCUUGACAGUACUUGGUACUGUGGGUAUUACGGCAAGUGUAAUUGUUAUAGCUGCCAUCUGUGCUCUCUUUCUUAUCUACAGGAAACUUCGACUGGAUGCCGAACUAAUGAAGAUGUCAUGGCGGAUCAAAUGGGAGGAGUUGGUCUUCGAAGAAAUCGGCAAAUCGGUUGCCACGGCAACAUCAGGUUCCAGACUUGUUGCAUCAAGGGUAAGAGCUUUACCAACAAGCACGGACGCAUCGGGCACACUUAUCAAUUCAGAUGGCCAAGAUGGAGGCCAGAUAUUUGCAACAGUUGCACGCUAUAAGGGACGUUUGGUGAUGGUGAAGAAGAUAAACAAAGCCAAGAUUGAACUAACACGAGACGUUCUAAUGGAACUAAGAAAUAUGAGAAAUUUGGAACACACAAACAUUGUUCGUUUUGUUGGCGCAUGCGUAGACCCUCCCAAUCAGACCAUAAUGACUGACUACUGUCCACGAGGGAGCUUACAGGAUAUUUUGGAGAAUGAUCAUCUGAAACUAGACUGGAUGUUUCGGCAGUCUUUGCUGAUGGACGCAGUCAGGGGAAUAUACUACCUCCAUGACAGUGUAAUAGGUGUCCAUGGACGACUGACGUCAUCAAACUGUGUUGUCGAUGGCAGAUUCGUUCUCAAACUAACUGACUUUGGGAUCCCAUCACUUAGGAAGUCCAGUAUUGACAGCGAAAACAAAUACAAACUGUUAUGGAAAGCUCCAGAACACCUCAGGAACCCUAUUAACCCUCCCACUAAAGAAGGUGAUAUGUAUAGCCUUGGUAUCAUCAUGCUUGAGAUAGGUACAAGGGCAGGACCAUUCGAUGAAGAAAGGAAGUUCAUGGACACCGACCAGAUCUUGGAUUGCUUAAAGUCAACGACCACUCAACCACCGUUUCGUGCCUUGAUUCCCGAUGAGUCAUGGAGCCCUGAAAUCAAGGAUCUAAUGAAGAGAUGUUGGGAAGAGACCCCAAACGAUCGACCUACUGCUGGUACUCUUCACUCUACACUCAAGAAAGUUAACAAGGGGAUGUCUAGCGGUGGUAACAUUUUGGACAAUCUAUUGAAUCGUAUGGAACAAUAUGCCACAAACCUGGAAGCCUUGGUCGAAGAGAGGACAGCUGCUUUCCUAGAGGAGAAGAAACGAUCAGAGACACUGCUUUAUGAAGUACUACCUAGAUCUGUAGCAGAGCAGCUGAAGCUUGGCAAGUCUGUUGAUCCCGAGUCUUAUGAGAGCGUCACCAUUUUCUUCAGUGAUAUUGUGGGCUUUACCGCCAUCUCCUCCGAGAGUACACCCCUUCAGGUGGUUGCUCUUUUGAAUGAUCUGUAUACAUGUUUUGACGGGAUCAUAGCCAACUCCGACGUUUACAAGGUUGAAACUAUUGGCGAUGCUUACAUGGUGGUAUCUGGAUUGCCUAUCAGGAAUGGUAUUACGCAUGCUCGAGAGAUUGCUGUGAUGUCUCUAUCUCUCUUGGAAGCUGUCAAGUCUUUUAAGAUUCGACAUCGACCUGGUGAACAGCUCAAGUUAAGAGCAGGAAUACAUUCCGGUCCAUGUGUUGCUGGUGUGAUUGGUUUGAAGAUGCCUCGUUAUUGUCUCUUUGGUGACACGGUUAACACCGCAUCUCGAAUGGAAUCAAAUGGUGAAGCCAUGAAGAUCCAUACGAGUUCGAAUUGCAAGAAAAUCUUGGAUAAAUUUGAUGCUUUUGAAGUUGAGCUGAGAGGGCAAGUAGAGAUGAAGGGCAAGGGCUCGCAGACGACGUACUGGUUGCUUUCACAUAAUUCAAAAGAGAAAUCAAAAUUCUAACAUUCAGAAUAUCUACUCAAUUUGCAAGAAAAAAUGUUGUUUGAACCUUUGAAGGUUCAACAAUAUUGUGUCACGACGAAACUCGUGUUUCAUGUUGAUGAUCUCUAUUCAAGCACUGUAGAACCUACCUUCUAUCUCAUGAUGAUGUGAGUUCCAGUUUCAGAACUAUAUUCGCAUUCUGAUAUACUAUCACUAACCAAUGUAAUUCAUAUUAAUUGUGUACCCUGGUGAAGUAGAUACAGACUCGUAUAUAUAUUGUGUUAUAUUGGAUCCUGAAAAAAUAUAUGUAUAUUUUGGAGCAUACGCGUUGGUUUAUUUAUGACAAGUGGAUUUAUUUUUAAACUAUCGACUGGUAAUUGUUAUGAGAUGAUGGUGACAAGUAAGAACCCUGCAUCAUUAUGCAAUAAAACAAAAUUUCACAGUAAUUUGGAAACAUCCUAAAUCAUCCUCGAUUGCCGUCUCGGGCACAUGGUUUCAAAAAUACUUCUAAGUCAUUUUCUCUCAGAUGUGCAAAACUUGUCUACGUUGUUCCGGGUAAGACUUUUCAAUACAUAUUUCACAGUUAUGUUUCAAAGUAUUUCUUGAAACAUUCCAAAUUAUUUAUUUAUUAGCGAUAGCUGCAUGGUGAACAUGUCACAAAAAUUGAUAUUGAACAAGUGCAAAUACUUUCUUGGUGCAAUUAUAUAAACGAUUAAUAAUUAAAAGUGCAAUUCGAAUAUAUGAAUUUCAAAGAAUACUGUAAAUAGUAAUAUUCAUAGUUGUGUACAUGAAAACGUAUAUUAAGAUAUAUAAUGUGAUAUGUUUAUGAAGUAUAUCUUAUAGGUUAAAAGUUAACAUGUGAUUUGUAUUGUAAUAAACAUGCUUACAUUGAUUAAUAAGCUUAAAGAAAUGCCAAUGAAAAGACCUUCGCGUUAUUAUCGGUGCUUAAUGUGAUCUAAAAUCCACGCUAGGAUAACACAAUAAGAUCAAUGACAUUGUAUGGUAAAAUUAGCAUUGUAUUUAUGCAUAUACAAUAUUCCACAAAUCAUACACAAGUAAGUCUGGUUAUCCAAAAUUAUCACAUAAAACGUAGACCCCAAGUUACAUAUCGUAAGUCUUAGACUAAAAGUUACCUCGAGUACUAUGGCCAAAUAAUACUUCACAAUUUUACAAUACAUUUAAAGCAAGAAAUGAUUUGUAAUUGCAUAAAAACACACACGGAUUGAGUUGCUUCUAUGUCUAUUCCUGUAUAUAUUUUAAAUCGUUUUACCAUUCACAGUAAUAUUUAUCCUAAAUCAUCGCGAACAAGGUAUAACAAUUGUGUAAUAAAAUAAAUGCUUUAGAAAUCUUUGAUUUUAAUAUCUAGUCAUUGUCUAAAGGAACAUGUUACUAGCAAACAGGAUAAACAAUAGAUCUAACCUCGUUAAUAAACUUGAGAGCAAAUGAAUUACCCUAAAAAAAUUGUUAUGUAACAAUAAGUAUUGAUAUGUAUGUUAUUAAUAAAUUAAACAGUGAUGAAAUAAUGUGUUUAAUGUAAUGCAGAUUUUUUUUCUAAUAAUCUUUAAUUGUGAUGACAUAUCAAAUUCAUGUACGGUAUUUUGUGCCCAUUCGUGCUUCACUUUAGUAUUAAAGACAUUUUCGCAUGGUGUAUUAUUAUUCAAAAGUUUUGUUUGAAUUAAUUAUAUAUGUUUCUUACAGAUAUUUAUAUCACAUAACCUCUGUGUGCAAACCAGGGCUCCGUAACUCAAAGGUUGGCGAUUAAUCGCUAAGUGAACUGACCUAUCAUGACCUUCGUUGCAUGCGCAAUUUGCUCAGUUGACUGACUAGUAACCAAUCAGAAUUGUUCUUUCAUAUUAGCGAUUAAUCGCAAAUCUGUGUUACGGAGCCCAGAUCUACAUCCUUCCACUUUAUUGAAUUAUAGACACUUUCGAAUUUAAUCAUGAUUUCACAGUGAUGGACAGAAAUUCAUAUCUAAAUAUCUGAUAAAAUUCCGUUAGCGUUACGGUGCUUCCCAGUCUUUAUUAACUUUCAUUGCUUACCAUACAUUCCCAUGAUGGUGCAUUGUAACGGGCAUUAUUCAUGUGUUUAGGCCGACUGGUAUAUAUACCAUUUAUUUCUAACGACCAAGAAAUCAUUUUCAACUUUUAAAAUUAUGAUUAUUUUGAUCAAAUACUGCAUCAUGUAUCUACCAUCACAACUGAGGCUACUUCUAGCUAUUAGCGCGGAUUCUGAUAGCUUUUUGUUUGAAUAUCAUUCCUCAGUACCUGUAACACUCUAGGGCUGCGAGUCGGCGGGUCGGUAUCAUAGGAUCCAUGAUCAAAUUACCCCUAUUCAAACAGGCUAUCUUAAUUAAUUUUUUUUUCAGAUGUUACAUCAUUCGUCACCUACAGAUUAGUUACAUUCUACAGUGAAAAGAUUCCAAAACAUACAAUUUUC